GCGGGCCAGUCAGAAACGGUCGCUUGCAGCCGCCGUUUGUGACAUAUGCGACAAUCGGAUGUAUCUGAAGUACCGAACGGAGUAAAUGAGCCUGGAAGGAACAGAGAACGACCUCAGUUUGGGACGGAAGGAAAGACGAACGGGACGCUUGGUGGUGGUGACGGUCUUCUGGAAACUGCGGAGGAACGAACAGACAUUCUGGGCAGGCACGCCUGACUCCAGGUGUUCCCGCCGUAUCAACUUGGGUCUGUCUCUCACGUGUAUUCGUACCUUAGCACUCAGGCACAUGAGGUGGUUUGGUGAGACGGACUUUUGCCAUUUUGCCUCCUCGCUUUCGGAACCGUCAAUUGACGUACACACAUCUAUGAUCUUGCAGGGAACUUGUGGUGUCGAUAAAGUUACCGACAAUCCGUUACUCUACACGUCGGCCAAGGCAAUCAAUCGAAUGCGAUGUCACCUUCAGCCACGAUCGGUAUUUGCUGUUCCAAUGAGAGUGUCCGACCUUGCUUGUCUUUGUUCUGCGCUUUCAACGGCGGCACAUGACGUUGCCUCUUUGCACCACCCCAGGUGCCCAGCCGCCAACGCAACAAUGCCCUUGUGCCAAGUAGCUGACCUUUCUCGAAUCUCGGCAACGGUUUGUCUACAUCUCCAUCUCUCCACGGCUACGUUGUCUACGCAUAUCUGUGCCGCUAUCCUUCCGUUUCCGGAUCACCCUUCGACCAGAACUAGAGAAUCAACCCGCCCCGUCCUUUCUUUUGGCACUUUUGGCUAUGCAACAAGCUCACGGUGGCGUCCGUGCCAGAGAACAGACAGCGCCCAAAGACCUUGCGAGCUUCUAAAUCAUACCUCGGCUGACCUUGCUGCAGUAUCACGGUCCUUGCGUUACACAGUCAAUACACUCGUUCUCUACGGAUACGUUUCGUGUAUUCGUACUCACUCAACUGUUGUCCUUGAAAUUCGAGAACUUCAAUCAUGUGGCCAAGUCGUCUGCCCGCUUCGUGAACGAACUGCCACUGGGAAGCCACAGACUUGACUACCAACACCCCGGCUCGAGUCAAGAGAUCGCCCUCAUUCGAAACUGAACCUCGUCAACAUUGCCCGCACCAUGGGGAAACAACGUCAUCCGAACCGUUGCAAAAGAACCUUCUUUUGAUCUCGUUGUAUCAAUCCCACGUCCGAGCACAACC